GUGCAGACCCUGGAGACUGCUUUCCAGUCCCUGAUACAACUUGGGGAUCACCAGGUGGCAGACCUUUCUUGCGUGCAGGAGAGGAAUGAGUCCAUGGCGCAAGAGCACGAGCAGUCGAGCUUGGAGUGCCAGGAGCACCACCGCAGCUAUUGGCAGGAGCAG